UUUUGCAUUUAUUACAGUCGCAUAAUAAAUUGAGCACUGUUCGGGUUUCCCGAAAAAAACGAAAGCAUUAUUUUGUUUUUUUCUUCUUAAAGAACGUUGACACAGUUUUCGUGUAAACAACAAUAGGUUUAAGUCUGAGUUGAUUAAGUAGGGAUGAGUUUCUUUGGUUCUUCAACAAGCACAUUCGGCACAUCCAGCACCACCGGCAUGUUUGGGACGGCCACAAAUACAAACUACAAUGCUAUGAAAGAUAUUGAGGUGACCUCCCCACCAGAUGACAGUGUGAGCUGCCUGAAGUUCAGCCCAGAGUCCAUGAUGCAGUCUACAUACCUUGUUGGAGGCAGCUGGGAUAAUAAUGUUCGCUGUUGGGAGGUACAACAGUCUGGUAACAUUGUCUUGAAGGCACAGCAGACCCAUACUGGGCCAGUCCUCGCAGCUGACUGGAGUGAUGAUGGAACCAAGGUGUUUACGGCGUCGUGUGACAAGACAGCCAAGAUGUGGGACCUGAACAGUAACCAGUUCAUUCAGAUAGCACAGCAUGAUGCCCCCGUAAAGACCAUCCAAUGGGUAAAAGCUCCAAACUACUCGUGCGUUAUGACCGGUAGCUGGGAUAAAACUCUCAAGUUUUGGGAUACACGACAAGCACAGCCGAUCAUGAGCAUUCAGCUUCCGGAAAGGUGUUAUUGUGCCGAUGUAAAAUACCCAAUGGCAGUCGUGGGUACGGCGGGCCGUGGUCUGAUCAUCUACCAGCUGGAGAACCAGCCGCAAGAGUUCCGGAAGUUUGAGUCUCCGCUGAAAUACCAGCACCGCUGUGUGAAUAUCUUCAUGGACAAGAAGACUAAUCAGCCAACAGGUUUUGCGCUGGGCAGUAUCGAGGGUCGCGUGGCUAUACACUACGUCAACCCGACCAAUCCUAAGGAUAACUUCACGUUUAAGUGCCAUCGAGCUAAUGGAACAUCUAGCAAUAUGCAGGAUAUAUAUGCUGUCAAUGACAUCUCAUUCCAUCCGGUCCACGGAACCCUGGCCACUGUGGGCUCUGACGGGCGGUUCAGCUUCUGGGAUAAAGAUGCCCGCAUCAAGUUGAAGACCUCGGAACAGUUUGACCAGCCCCUAACCGCCUGUAACUUCAACCCCCAGGGCAACAUCUUCGCUUAUGCCACAAGUUAUGACUGGUCUAAGGGUCAUGAAGGAUUUGAUCCCCAGAAAAUGAAGCCUCACAUUUUCCUACGCAGAUGUUUUGACGAGCUCAAGCCGUCAACAAAGAAGUCUUAACCUUCAUAAUGAAGCAUUGAAAUUUUGUAACUUUUAGCAGUUGACCUGAACAGCGCUUAUUUUUAGUCUUGUUCUGGUUAUGAUAAAAUCAAAUUGAUCAAAUUUUAACGUAGCUUUUCGUGAUACAAUCAUCGCUCCAUGGACAUUUGUGUAACAGUAUUCAGUGGAUGUGUACUGUGUUUUAGUAACUGCAUGUGUCAACACAAGCUCAUACAACUCUUAUAUGCAUGAGGCCAUACCAAAUAGAUUACAUGUUUAGUGUCAGGUCCCAUUUUCAAAAUAUACAUACAAAGCGAUACACCACAGAAAACACAAAUCUGAUUCUAUUUAAAACAAAUGUAUAUAGGAAUGCUCAUAAUAGCAUAGUUUACCAAUGAAAUAUCAUACAGAUUUUUUUUAUACCUUUGAAGGUUCAAACAGCUAGAAUUUGAACUCAUUUUUGUUGAAUGAUUUAUUCCUGAUAUCUGUGUUUUUUUAAUUAUCAAUCUCUAGAAAUUCAGUUUUCUUUGUUUUGAUAUCCAUUUUAUCCAAAAUUAUUUUAUCAUUCCGAAGGAUGAAAACCUUUCUGCCCUAUAACGCUUAACAUAGAAUGAAUUUGGUAGAGCCUUACCUAGCUUGAGUCAGUGAACAUGAUUAUUGUAAUAAUACUGAAGUGUUAUAACUUUGACUGUGUGUGCAUGAGAUGAUUUUGCAAGAGCCGAAAGGUACAUGUUAGUAAACUGGUCAAAAGGCAGACGUUCUUGUUACUUGUGUUAUAUUUUAUCAUUUAACAUUUAUUGCAUCAAGUGUUAAACAACCAUUACAUAUUUUCUUGUAAAGGACUUGUGUAAUAUCAUUACCGGUAUGCCACAUUUUGCGCUACUGUUCCACACUAUGUCAAGCAUUGUACAGAUAAAUUCAUUGAUGUCUUCAUUUUUGGUGAUAAAAAUGUGUCAUUUGAUAAAAAAGAAUCUAACAUUAGUAGCCAAAUAAAACAACAUUUUAUGAAACUUGUUACAGAAUCAUAACUUUCGAUUCAAUAGAUUUUGUUUAAAAUGAAACUCAUUUUUGAUGACAAUGGUUUCAUUUGAUAAAGGGAAUCUUACAUUUGUUGCCACUUAGUACAGCAUUUUAUGAAACUUGUUAGGCUUAAAAAUCAACCCAUGUUUUCUCCGGAUACUUCACCAAAGGCUCGCUUAAUUCUUUUUCUAAAUUUGUUUCAAUUAAUUUGUAUUAAAGGGCAACUCAUUUAAAAUAAUAUACAUACAGUCAAACCCAAAUAGCUCGAACUUUGAGGGACUGGCGUAAAUACUUCGUGCCUCGGAAAAUUCGAGCCAAGCGGAAAUGAUUACAUUCAGUUUAAAGAAAUUGGUCAUUUACAUUCAGUUCGAUCCAACCAGGAAUUCAAACCAAGCAAGUUUGAGCCAACGAGGGUCGACUGUACUUCUAAAAUUUUGAAAAGGAUCCAAUGUUAUUGAUUUGGUUUGAAAUGAAGAAAUAUCAAUGGAGAUAUAAACUGCUUUUUUAUACUUAAUCAAAAGUAAUAAGACAAUUAUUGUUAAUAAUGGUUAAAAAUUACUGUCAGAGAAUAAAGCUUAAAAUUGAAGUAACAUAUUAUUAUAAUUAUAUGUUACUUCAAUGUUCAGCUAUAUUCAUAUUAUUAGCUCUUACAUCAGUUGUAUUUGAGUUUCUGCCUUUAUCAAGUUAUAAACGUAAUAAAUAAAGUUAGUUUCUGUUGCCCAAUCUCAAUUAAGAUUGUAAUGCUUAUGAUCAUACAUUUCCAGGCGUAACUUCGUUUUUGGCAUAAACUGCACUUGAAUAAAAAGGCAAAAAAUAUAA